CCACUUCCCACCCCCCAAAAAAACACACACAAAUACACAUAAUCACACUCUCUCUUUACCAUCUCUGUGUAACUGAAGCCUCCGUCGCAGGCGCUUCCUUUUCCCCGUAGAAAACCCACUGUCGGCUGCCCUUUUCACACCUUUUUCUUCUCUGUUCUUCAUCCAACAUCCAAUUAACUUCGCACAAUAAAGCACCAUCUAAUCAUAAUUAACUCCUCACUCCUCGUGAUUUGUACCUCCGUCUCUUUCAAGGACCACUGUGUCUGUCCCCAUUUUCAUAUAUACAUUCACUCUUUUCUGUUUUUUAUUCACUUGGUGGAGUAAUUUCAUGAUAUGAUGUGGGUUCGGGUGUUUAUUUCACAAUUUUCUUGUGAGUUUGUGUUUUAGAGGUUUGUUUUUGAAUCAUUCGUUUCGGAAGAAUUCAACCACCUGAGAGAAAUGUCACGCUCUCUUUGUUUUGUUUCAUUUUUCUUGUUCUUGAUGCGUUUUGGUCUUUGUUUGAAUCAAGAGGGGCGUUAUCUGGAACAGCUGAAGCUUGGAUUUGAUGACCCAGAUGGGUUUUUCUCCGACUGGAAUGAUUCCGCCGGCGAUACCCCUUGUUAUUGGAUCGGUGUUACUUGUUCUGAAUCAGGAACUCGGUUUGUUGUCUCUGUUGAUUUAUCAAAUGCCAAUGUCGCCGGUCCUUUUCCGUCUGUUCUCUGCCGUCUUUCAGGCCUGAAGUUUGUCUCUCUUUACAAUAACUCCAUCAACGGCACACUUUCCGACGAUCUGUCGACUUGUCGGAGUCUUGUUCAUCUUAAUCUUGCUCAGAACCUGCUCACUGGUACACUCCCGCACAGCUUGCCCGAGCUUCCAGAGCUAAAGUACCUUGAUUUAACAGGAAACAACUUUUCCGGCAACAUUCCGGCGAGCUUCGGGUUGUUUCAGAAGCUUGAAGUGAUUUCUUUAGUCGAUAAUCUCAUCGACGGGAAGAUUCCAGCUGAGCUCGGUAACAUUUCGACGUUAAAGCAGCUUAAUUUAUCAUACAACCUGUUUUCUCCCGGUCAGAUCCCGCCGGAGCUCGGAAACCUUACGAACCUCGAGGUGUUAUGGCUCAGCGGCUGCAACCUUAUCGGAUCGAUUCCCGACUCUCUGAGUCGACUCAGUAAACUCGUGGAUCUUGACCUUGCUAUUAAUAAACUCACCGGUCCGGUGCCCAUUUCGAUUACCGACCUAUCAAAUGUUGUUCAGAUUGAGCUUUACAACAACUCCUUCACCGGUGAGUUACCGGCGGUGGGGUGGUCGAAGAUGACGGCAUUGCGGCUGCUUGAUAUUUCGAUGAACUUAUUCACUGGGUCGGUGCCGGAGGAGCUAUGCUCUUUGCAGCUUGAAUCGCUUAAUGUUUAUGAAAACGAACUCGGAGGUAACUUUCCUGAAAUCAUAUCGAACUCUAGUAAUCUUUAUGAGUUAAGAUUGUUCGGAAACCGAUUUUCCGGCAGCCUGCCGAAAAACCUUGGAAAAAACUCACCUCUUACAUGGCUAGAUGUGUCUAACAAUCUUUUCUCCGGUGAAAUUCCUGCAACCUUAUGUGAAAGGGGUGCUUUAGAAGAGCUUCUAAUGAUACACAACUCGUUUUCCGGUGAAAUUCCGUCGAGUUUGAGCAAAUGUAGGAGCUUGAAACGUGUCCGUUUAGGAUACAACAAGAUUUCCGGCGAAGUUCCCGCAGGUUUCUGGGGUCUUCCCAUGGUGUCAUUACUCGAGCUCGCUGAAAACUCCUUCUCAGGCACAAUCGGAAAAACCAUCGCCGCAGCAGGGAACUUGUCAACCCUGAACAUCGCCAACAACAAAUUCUCCGGCGAUUUACCAGAUGAGAUCGGGUUUCUCAACAAUUUAAUCGAAUUCUCCGGUAGUAACAACCAAUUCUCCGGCUCAUUACCUGCCACCAUUGUUAACAUUCACCAGUUAACCAAGCUCGACCUCCACAACAAUGGAUUCUCAGGUCGAAUCCCAACCGGAAUCAAUUCUUUGAGAAAACUAAACGAACUAAAUCUAGCAAACAACAAAUUUUCCGGCAACAUCCCAGACAAAAUCGGCGAAUUAUCCGUCUUAAACUACCUCGACCUCUCCAGCAACCAAAUCUCCGGCAAAAUCCCAACUGGAUUACAAAACCUCCGGCUAAAUCAACUCAAUCUAUCAAGCAACAGUCUCACCGGAGACAUCCCACCAGUAUACGCCAAAAAAAUCUACAUCAACAGCUUCUUAGGCAACCCGGGUCUCUGUGGCGACAUCGAAGGUUUAUGCGACGGAAAAAACGUCACUAAAAACACCGGUUACAUUUGGUUACUCCGUUCCAUUUUUGCCCUCACUGGUAUCCUUCUAAUCUUCGGUCUUUGUUGGUUCUACUUUCGUUACAAAACCUUCAAAUCCAAUAAAGAAGCAACCACAAUCGAUAAAUCAAAAUGGACCUUAAUGUCAUUUCACAAGCUAAGUUUCAGCGAAUACGAAAUCUUGGGAGCUUUAGAUGAAGACAACGUGAUCGGAACCGGAGCUUCCGGAAAAGUUUACAAAGUCGGGUUAAGCAAUGGUGAAACUGUCGCGGUUAAAAAGCUUUGGGCCGGGUCAAAACCGGGUGGGUUUGACGAUGAGGAUGUUGAAAACGGGUUCUCGGGUCCGGGUCAUGAUAACGGGUAUGAAGCUGAAGUGGAAACAUUGGGAAAGAUUCGACAUAAGAAUAUUGUUCGAUUAUGGUGUUGUUGUUCUACAAGAAAUUGUAAGCUUUUGGUUUAUGAGUAUAUGGUGAAUGGAAGUUUGGGGGAUUUGUUACAUAGUAGUAAAAGUGGGUUGCUUGAUUGGCCGGUGAGGUAUAAGAUUGCGGUGGACGCCGGCGAGGGGCUGGCGUAUUUGCACCAUGAUUGUGUUCCGGCGAUCGUUCAUCGGGAUAUUAAAUCGAAUAAUAUUUUGUUGGAUGCUGAUUUUGGAGCACGUGUGGCUGAUUUUGGAGUUGCUAAGGUUGUUGAUGGGAACGAUAAAGCAGGAAAAUCAAUGUCGGUUAUUGCGGGCUCAUGUGGUUAUAUCGCUCCAGAAUAUGCAUAUACAUUACGGGUGAACGAAAAGAGCGAUAUCUACAGCUUUGGUGUUGUAAUUCUCGAACUGGUAACUGGAAAACUUCCAGUUGACCCAGAGUUCGGAGAAAAAGACCUGGUCAAGUGGGUCUGCACCACGUUAGACCAGAAAGGUCUUGACGUGGUGCUCGACCCAAAACUUGACUCAUGUUUCAAGGAAGAAAUAUGCAAAGUGUUGAAUAUUGGGCUCUUAUGUACAAGCCCACUUCCUAUUAAUCGCCCAUCAAUGAGAAGAGUUGUGAAAAUGUUGCAAGAAAUCGGGUCGGUAAAUCCUAUGAAAUUUGGGUCAAAAGACGGGAAAUUAACGCCAUAUUAUUAUGAUGAUGUGUCGGAUCAUGGUAGUGUUGUUUGAAGUCUUGUGGGAUUGAUCUGUUUCUUGAUGCAGUGAUGAGUUGUACGGUACAAGUUGUCGUGCGGUUGUUUCGGGAGAUUGGUUUCCGUUUAUGGAUGUUGAAAACGGGUUGUGGGCCGGGUCUCUUUUGUUGUAAAUCCUUGGGUUUUUAGUGCAUUGACGAGUUGUACUGUACAAUCAAUGGAAGCAUGAAAGAGGGUAGGAGUUGUUGGGUUUUGGUGUGGAGAGGGAUAAUGAGUUUUGGUUUGUAAGGUGAAUUAUGUAAUAGUUAGGAAAUAUACAAGUGUUGGCAUU